GGUGAUUCUGUUCUGUGUCAUAAAAUAAGACUUUUACAUCUCCUUGGAGACCCGCCAGCCGGUAGUUACUUCCCCCGUUGACGGCACCUCCGUGUCUGUCUUGCGCACGGUCUGGACUUUCGGGCUGUGUCCUCCCCGCCGCGACCUCCCGCGUCUCACGCGCCAUCCGCUCUUCUUCCUUGCAGGCGAACGAGAUGCUGCUCGGCGGACGGAAGCUGACGGCGCAGGAGGCGUGCGGCAAAGGCCUGGUCUCCCAGGUGUUCUGGCCCGGGACCUUCACCCAGGAAGUCAUGGUCCGCGUCAAGGAGCUCGCCUCCUGCAGCCCGGUCGUGCUCGAGGAAUCCAAGGCCCUGGUGCGCUGCAACAUGAAGCUGGAGCUGGAGCAGGCCAACGAACGGGAGUGCGAGGUGCUGAAGAAGAUCUGGGGCUCGGCCCAGGGCAUGGACUCCAUGCUCAAGUACCUGCAGAGGAAGAUCGAUGAGUUCUGACGGCCGGGCCGCCCCAGACGACCCUGGAGUCGCAUCGCGCAGGCCGGCUGGGGCUCCCCGGGGCGCGGACCCACCCUCACAGCCUGAAGCAGGUUCACGUGGAGCUCACGCUUGGAAGCAGGGCUUGAAACAGCCAAGCUGUUUAUUACCAAGGAGUUUUUAAGUACUGUAACUUUAAAAUAAAUAGCUACACAGCUCCUUUGUCCGAACAUCAUUAUUUUAUACUUAAUACACACACAAGUAUAAAAGUAUAAUUGUGAGCUCUGGGCUGCUCUUUGAGGCUCUACUUUUUGUUAUCUUUGGCUAGUACUGUAUAAAAAAGAAGUGCGUUUUCCUGGUUUGGGUGUCAGAAAAGUCUGGAAUAAUGUUUGUUUUCCUUGUUUUUUCCUUCUAGAAAACAGAAUCUAAAGAGGUGUUAGCCCUCCUCGCCCCCACCCCCCACCCCAAAUAGAAAUACGGAAAGAUCCGAGGCAUGCCCUUGUCUCCAGGAAGGUACAGAACCUCAGAGAUAGAAAAUUCUCAAGCGAAAGGAAGACUUAUUCUUUGUAGGAUAAGUAUUUGUGAUUAAACACCCACUGAUGAGUAUACCCCCAGACUAAAACACGCCUAGGAUUCACGCUGAGAAAUCAGUUGAUUCUGCCCUCUUUCUUAAAUAUGUCCGAUUCUUACCCAGUUAACAGGAAGAAACCACUCUCUCUCUCUAGGGGAAAGCUUGUUUUGCAGUGUUAGCGAAUCACUGACUAGCUAAGUAUGAUCUCUAAGUUAUAGGGGGUUUAUAAUUAGUUUUUCUGACCCAUUUGAAAAAAUAACUAUAUAAGUGCUUCUUGUUGCUGGGUGAGAACUACUUUAUAUACAGUUUUGGUUUUCUAUUUGCAGAUAUGAUUGAUGUAUUACACCAAAAAUAAAGUAUUUUUAUGUUUAUAAAGUGUAAUUUUUAGGUUCACUUAGAAUAUAUUUUAUUUAAUAAGUUAAAAUUCUUUUGGCACACUAUUAAAUGCAGAAACUCCUUUAAGAGAAAGAACUACCUUAUAUCAACGUUUAAUGUUCUUGGUCUCUGCUUUCAUGUCUACACAAUAUACCAAGUACAGGAUGCUGUCCGAGAGUGCCCUGUGUAAAUAGACGUCCGCAUUCCCUCCCGGAGUGCGGACCGAUGCCCGAUCCCAGACGCCUGUCAGUCGGUAGGCUUCUGAGCUUGCAAUCAUAUUGAAUGUAUGAAGAAUGAAAUAAAAUCAAAACCUUAUUUUUGUACAGUUUUGAAGUUUAUACUUAGAACCGACCACCUCCCGGCCUCGUGGAGAGCUGUACAGCGUGUAAAUCUGCCUUUACCAUGGAUUGGCUGGUGCAGUAUUUUUGCAUCUGUGGGACCUACUUUUUUCGUUCAGUAGUUUGAACUAUAUAUAAACUGUACAAUCUGUAAAGUUUUUAUAGAAUAAAUAUUCAGCUGUGAAAACUGGUUAAAUAAAACUAAUAUUUCUU